UCCCGCCGCCGUCGCUGCCGCGGGACGGGCUCCGGUCCGGGUCGCGCUCGGCGGGCGCGGGGAGCAGGGCGGCCCGGGGCGCGGCGGCUGCAGCGGGAGCUCCCUGAGCGCCCGCCCGCUAUGUCCAGGAAGAAGACCCCCAGGAGCAAGGGGGCCAGCGCGCCCGCUGCCUCCGCGCCGCCCGCCACCAACGGGUCCCGGCCGGAGCGCCCCAUCGGGCCCCCGCCGCCCGCCCGGCCCUCGCUGGGCGGCGGCGACUUCUACAACGUCGCUUUCAAGGUAAUGCUGGUGGGGGACUCAGGCGUGGGGAAGACGUGUCUGCUCGUGCGCUUCAAGGAUGGGGCUUUCCUGGCAGGGACCUUCAUCUCCACCGUGGGCAUCGACUUCCGGAACAAAGUUUUGGAUGUGGAUGGCGUGAAGGUGAAGCUGCAGAUCUGGGACACAGCUGGCCAGGAGCGGUUCCGCAGCGUCACCCACGCCUACUACCGCGACGCCCAUGCACUGCUGCUGCUCUAUGAUGUCACCAACAAGGCCUCCUUUGACAAUAUCCAGGCCUGGCUAACCGAGAUCCACGAGUAUGCCCAGCACAAUGUGGUGCUCAUGCUGCUGGGCAACAAGGUGAGCACCCCAGCCUGUCGUCUCCACCCUGGCUCUACAGAGCAGGUGUGGGGAGAAGAGGGAAGCCCUGGGCCAGCUCUCACCAAAACCCCUAUGCCAGGUGGACUCUGCCCAGGAGCGUGUCGUGAAGAGGGAGGAUGGGGAGAAGCUAGCCAAGGAGUACGGGCUGCCCUUCAUGGAGACCAGCGCCAAGACAGGCCUGAACGUGGAUUUGGCCUUCACAGCCAUAGCAAAGGAGUUGAAGCAGCGCUCCAUGAAGGCCCCCAGUGAACCCCGCUUCCGGCUGCACGACUACGUCAAGAGGGAGGGCCAAGGCACCUCCUGCUGCAGACCCUAAGCCUGGCUGGGCACUGCCACCGCACAUCCUCUGGGAGGCCCCUGCAAGGCCGAAUGGAGGGUCUACAGGGUCCCCCUGGUUUAGUCACCCCAGGGUGUCUGUUUCUUGGCUCCCAGACAUACCGAGCCUUGCCUUUCCCAGAGCCUCAGUCCCAGUGGGCUUCUAGGAGCCACUAGGUCUGCAGCCCCCCUAACUUGCUGCUGCCCGAGGGCCUGGCCAAGGUUGGGCAGAAGAGCCGCGGUCUUCUGUACCAGGGUUGGGGGUGGGGGCUCGCCAUGCACAAACGGUGAGGGGUGCCAGUCCCAAGCGGGGCGCUCUGCUGCCCCCUCCUGGACACGCCCAGCUCCGGAGCCAGGCCCCAGCGCCAGCACCACGUGUGCAGUGCCUAACCCCUUAGAAAGCCAUGUCUUCAGCUGCACACUUGCCCAGGCAGGGUAAGGCAGGACUGCUGUCCACGCCUGGGGCAGAAGGCUUCGCCGCAAAUCAUCGCAUUGUGCAUUUGUGCCGCAAGGACCAGAGCCAUCUGCUCCCAGCUCACCCGCCAGGAGACUCUGGUUCAGACAUCAACGGGGUCUUCCUUCCACACGACCUUGAAGAACGCCACAGUUGUGGCUUUGUGAUACAGAACAGCAUGUGGGAAAUCACAGAAAAGUCAGGGAAAACUGCCAGCCCCGGGGAGGCCUGUGCUCAGCGAGGGCAAGCCAGGGGGCUGGUAGCACGCUCCACCUUGUAUGGAAAUCUUCAAGUCAGUCUUUAGAAUAAGAGCCUUUGUUUUCAGUUCUAGUGAAUAAAGUUGUGUUUUCUGGA